AUGGACUACAAAAUCCCAGCAGGCGUCCACGCCAUUCCCCACGACCUCCUCGACCUCCGACCUGAUAGUGCCAUAGACCAAGUCAUCCUCAAUCCACCUCCCAUCACAUCAGAAAAGAACAUCUGGUUCUUCUGGCAUCAAGGCUUCGCCUGCAUGCACCCCUACACCCAGCGCAACGUCCGAGCUUACUAUCGCCGACUCUCACCACAGGGCUGGACAAUCCGUGUGAUUGACCGAGUGGAAGGAUCACCACUGAACGUGGCGAAUUUUCUGGACGUCAAUUCGACAGAUGAUUUUCCUCAGGCGUUUGUGGAUGGUACGAUUGGAGGGGACUAUGCACCGCAGCAUACUUCUGAUCUCGUGCGGUUUCCUUUGCUAUUCAAGUACGGAGGUGUCUAUGCAGAUGUGGGUAUGCUGCAGAUUGGGGACCUGGACCGGCUGUGGAACGAGACGAUCGGAGACCCCAAGUCACCCUACGAAGUGAUCUCGUAUAUCAUGCUCGAAGACGACGGCCGAGGCCUGACGAACUACUUCCUCGCCUCGGAUAAAAAUAAUCCGCUCUUCUACCGCUCGCACAAGCUUCUCCUCAAACUCUGGGAAGGCAAAUCCGACACGGAGGGUAUGCACACGUCCCCUCUCCUCGGCGGCCUGAAACCCAUGGGCGAGGGCUUCGACUGGACGUUCAAGGAAGGCGAUCGGGUCUAUCCGCAUGAGGAAGUGCGGAAGAUGCUGAGUGACUAUAUCAUCCAGGGACAAGUGAUCAAACUCGUCUUGGGACUUGUGGAUGAGGAAGACGGCUGGAAUGGCACGGAGUAUGUUGCGAAGAAUGUGUAUGCGAUGGAGUAUAUGGAGGCAUCGCAAUUGAUCAACCAGAUGACGAUGUGGAAUGGGCUGCGACAGUUCGAGUUGAUGUCUCUUCCUUUGCCGAAAGAAGGCGAGGUCGAGAGUGGCGACCAGAAGCUCGCGAGGGAGUUUGUCGAGGCGUGUUUGGUGAAGAGCUUUGGUUUCAAGCUCGCUCAUGGGAUCAUCAUCCGGGUUAUGGGUCAGACUCUUGGCUCCUUGUGGAGGAAGCACGAGGGCGCGGAUGAUGUUCCGGGGACGUAUGGACACUGGCUGAGGUAUGGAAUUGCGAACUGGUGUCAGGAUGAGUUGCCGAAGAAGGUUGAUUUCAAGGUUGCGCCGCCGUUGAAGACGGGGCCAUUGUUGAGAGAGAGAUAG